CACAGGUCACCCGUCCGGUCAAAGUUGAAACAUUUCAAAUAUUUCAUCUGCUGCCGCUCUCUCUCAUAUGGAGAGGCCAGAGGCAGAGACUGAAAGAUUAACAAGAAGAGAGAUAUUGGCCAGGAACAAGGCAGAGGGGGUGCUAUACCCAUCCGGGCAGUACGGGCACAAGUUAACUUUGCCACGACCGCCAAGGGCUCCGUCCAACGAGUUGAAGCUGGCAGCUGUAGCCGUCGAUUUGAACGUACGGCCGAGAUCGGCGGACAUGCCUCCCAUGAUGCAAGAGCGUGCUUUCCGCUACACCAGAGCACUUCUAGACGCAUAUCCGGAGAAGAAACCCAGUCCUACGCACCUUGCAAUGUGCCUCAAGAAGGAAUUUGAUGCAACUUAUGGAAUGGCAUGGCACUGCAUCGUUGGGAAGAGUUUCGGAUCAUUCGUGACUCACUCCAAUGGUGGAUUUGUGUAUUUCUCUGUCGACAAGCUCUCUUUUCUUCUCUUCAAGACCGUGGUCCGACAAGUCAAGUCUCCUUCGCAACUGAAACUUUAAUGUUGAUGCAUAAAAAUGUCUCUGUUUUUAUGGCCUGAUUUAGCCAACAUACUUUUGGAUCUUACUUGGGAACUUGCAUUACAUUACAUUUACAGGUAUCGUUCUUAGAUUAGCCAUUGGGUUCUGCUCAGCAGGAUCUCUCUCUCUCUCUCGAUGAAGUUUCCAUUCAUCAAUAGAGAGAACAGUACUCAAUGUUAUGAGCCAUGACUGAAUAGCCAGAUUUUAAGUGAAAGUUA